ACAAUCGGGUAACCCUCAAAAGCAGACACACACAACUUUCCUGCACCAGUACAAUAAACUAUUUUCGUCUACCUACCUUACAUACAUUUAGAGAUGGCAAACAAAUUUACUUUUUUUCUUGGUUACAUAGCUAUACUCAGCUUGCUAUUAGCAAGAUCAACUGUUUGUGUUCCUUCAUGCGUGGAUGUUGUAUCAGAUUCUGCCCCUUGCUUACCUUUCAUUUCAAAAUCCACUGAUUCGCCUUCAGAUUUUUGUUGCGCUGGGAUUAGGAAUGUGGCAGGCAUGGCCAAGAGCCAGUCCGAUGAAGUGCAAAUUUGCGAUUGCUUGAAGGCGAAUAUGGCUGAAUUUGAUUAUGAUCCUACACUUGUUGCUGACCUGCCUAAGCUAUGUUUGGUCAACAUCACUCUCCCUCCAAUCAACAAUACCACUGACUGCUCCAGGGUUAGUUUUGGUCAUGGAAUAAAGAAUUAGUGUUUACACUGCAGAUUUGCAAGUGUCGCUAAAAAUAAGUGCUCGGUCAGUUAUGAGAGAUCAUCAAUAAUGUUAGUAUGAAAAUAUAUGAGAUGAAAUAAAGCAUCAUUAUGCUAUCAAAUAAUGGACUUGUGUCCAAUUAUUCUCCGUUUUGUAGUUUCUGGAUUACUGGAAACAGAUGAUAUAUAAUUGUCUUACUUAUAUAUAUUAGCGGGUUCUUAUGAUCUUUGCUUG